AUGGUCAACGUAUUCAUCACCGGCGCUUCUGGCUUUGUCGGCUCCCACCUCACCCCUAUCCUCCUCGCUGCGGGGCACAAGAUUACUGCUAUCGCCAGGUCGGAGUCUGCUGCGCAGAAGCUCGUAGACCAAGGUAUCACCACCAUCCGGGCCACACUCGAGGACAUUGACGUGCUCGCCAAAGCCGCGGGAGAAGCGGAUGCCGUGAUUCAUUUGGGUUUCAUUCAUGAUUCCAGGACGUAUGCCGAGUCUGUCGAAGCCGACCUCGCCGUCAUCACCGCCUUUGGUACCGCCCUCAAGGAUUCCAACAAAACCCUCAUCACCACUUCCGCCAUUCCCGUCGCCGGCGUCCCCGCCCCCACCGAGCUUUCCCCCGGCAAGAUCCCUCCCCGCGCCGCUUCCGAGAAACUCACCCUCUCCUUCUCUUCCCCCGAGCACUCCAUCCGCUCGCACGUCGUCCGCCUGCCUCCUACCGUGCACGGCGAUACCGACAGGGGCUUCUUGGCGCACUAUAUUGGUCAGUCGAGGAAGGCUGGGUUUGCGGGGUAUAUCGGGGAGGGGGAGAACCACUGGCCUGCUACGCAUGUGAAGGAUGCGGUGCAAGUGUACAAGCUUGUCCUUGAGAACGCUUCCAGCUCCCUCAAGGGCGGUGAAGUGCUCCACGCCUCGCAGGAGGCUGGUAUCACCCUCAAAACCAUUGCUUCCGCCGUCGCCAAACGACUGGGCAUCCCCACCAAGAGUAUCACGAAGGAAGAGGCGGGGCAGACUUAUACUUUCUUGGCAUUGUUCUUGGGUAUUGAUUGUGUUGCGUCGAGCGAGCUGACUGGGAGGUGGCUUAGGUGGGAGCCGGUUGAGAAGGGGGUGAUCGAGGAUCUGGAGGGGAGUGGGUGGUACUUUGAGGAGACUAGUGUGACCAAGUUUUGA